UCACGUUUAGGCGUAGUUUCUGCUUACUUUUGAUUUUUGAUCUUAUUCCUGUAAAUUGUUCUUUGUUCAUAAUUCAAAUGUAUUAAAUUCAAAUACUGAAUUCAGUUCAGAGUUAUCAUUAUGUCAACACGUGAAAUACUUACGAUACAAUUUGGGCAUUAUUCAAAUUACAUUGGUACACAUUUUUGGAACAUACAAGAACUUGGUUUUGACUACACCGGUGCUAGCAAAACCGAAUGCAAUCAUGAUAUUUUAUAUCGAGAGGGACAAACUGCUAAAGGAGAGGUAACAUACACUCCCAGAUUACUCUUGUGUGAUUUAAAGGGCUCUUUGAAAACAUUGCCUGCUAGUGGGGGAUUGCUUGGUGACUUAGAAAAUGUUGAUGAUAUUCCUUGGGAAGGUAUUGAAAAAAUUGAGGAACCAGUUGCGCCUAAGAAUGAAUACUUAGAAGACAUUGAUUCCGCUGGUCCGUCUGUUGCUGAAUCAAAGCAAUACAGAUUAGAGGACAGUGUAAACACUUGGACUGACUUUCUGUAUCCACGAUUUCAUCCUCGAACUGUUAAUAUUGUUAAAGAAUACAGCCAUGGUGAUGAUAAGGCACCAUUUGAUUUAUUUCACCUUGGAGGACCAAUGUGGAAGUCCGAUUUUGGAGAAAACUUCAGUGAUAAUAUCAGAAAAUAUGUUGAAGAAUGUGAUAGCAUACAGGGUUUCCAAAUAAACUUUGACUGCACUGAUGGGUUCUCAGGUCUUGCCUUAGCUUGUAUUGAAAACAUUGUGGAUGAAUAUACUAAACCCAUCCUCUGCCACCCGAUUAUAGCUUCCCACUACCCAGACAACUCUCCACAGACUCAAGAAGAAAGGGAUGUGUCAAACCUCAAAGAUACAAUUAGAAUUGUGAAUAUACUUUUUUCUAUUGAAGGAUUAUCUCAGCAUUCUAGUUUAUUUGUUCCACUGUGUACAGGAGAAAAAGGCUGGAGAAAGCCAGGUAGCCCAAGGCUUUUUGAUCAUGUUACUUACAAUCCACAAAAGUACUACCACUCGUCAGCAUUGCUGGCCUCCGCCUUGGACACAUUGAGCCAAAAAUACCGACACAAAAGCAAUACAUACACCUUGUCAGAUAUGUGUGCGGAUAUGACCGGAUAUGGAAGAAAAAUGGCUUCAGCAUCUUUGGGCAUUCCAUUUACCAUGAAUGAAUCAGAGUAUCUUAUUGACUACUUAAAUAGGACUACUAAACCUAUCUACACACCCAUAACACCCAGUUGUAAGAUUGCCACAGAUAAAAUCUUUCAACUCAUUACAGUCCGAGGUAUACCAGAGACUUAUCUAAAAGCUCCUUUAAAAGAGGCUAAAGAGCAGAUGAAUUUACCAGCUUAUAGGUGCAGAGAUGUCCAAGAAAUGAUGGAGUUGUACUUCCAGGCAAACAACUUUUUAUCUGCAACAAAUGUUACAGUUUGUGAUAAACCUUUAGAACUGAAAAGUCCUUAUGCAAAGAUUUUUUCAGAGAACUUAAACAAAAAUGGUUUUCUCACAAAUGGCAUUAGUGAAGACAGAGUACAAAGUUGUCCAGUGAUAGCAGGGUAUCAUAAUGGCAACUUCCUGACAGAUAUGCUUGAAAAGCUACACAGAGAGGUGAGCAGAGUGAAGUUCGCAAAAUUACACAAGUUUCAAGAGGAAGGCUUGGAAGCUUCUGAGUAUCAGGAGACGUUGGAUAGGCUCGCUGAAUUUAAGGAUAACUAUGAAGAUAAUUUCGAACUUUAAUUUUAAAAAAAUUGUAAAUAAACUAAUUACCUAAUA